UGAACGCGUUGUCCGCAGUGCGCAACCGCAGAAGGACCAAGAGGAGGGAGCUUGUUGCGUAGCGGCAACGAACGCGCGGGGUUGGAGCCGAGCUGAGUCAGGAGGACAAUGGAUGAGCUCCAGUCUGCCGAAGAGACUGCAUUUGUUGUGGAUGAAGUAAGCAACAUUAUAAAAGAGGCCAUAGAAGGAACAAUAGGUGGCAAUGCAUAUCUGCAUAGCAAAGUAAACCAAUGGACUACAACUGUUGUGGAGCAGAUUUUAAGUCACUUGACAAAGCUGGGGAAACCAUUCAAAUAUGUUGUGACCUGUGUGAUUAUGCAAAAAAAUGGUGCCGGACUUCACACUGCAAACUCUUGCUUCUGGGACAAUGCCGCUGAUGGAGCCUGCACUGUAAGAUGGGAGAACAAGACUAUGUACUGUAUUGUCAGUGCCUUUGGACUUGCAAUAUAAUUUGCCUUGAAAUUCUUCAAAUCUUGUUAUUGCUUUAAGUCCACUAAAACUCUGAAUUCGGUGAAUAACUAAGAGUUACCCAUUCUUUCUGAGGAAAAACAGAAGAGAAAUUUCAGUACUGUUAAAUAAGCAUGAUCCCUUGUUCACUUUCAAACUCUUGUCUUAACACUUUAAGGACGUUUUCUCAAGGUGCUAAAGCCUGAAACUUGCUGCACUUCUAUAGCUUUACUCCACCUGUGUGGGUAAGACUGAUUUUCACUCUAUAUUUGUUUGUUUAUUAAAUUAUUGAAGCUCUGA